AUGUAUAAUGUUAAGGAGUCCUUAAUCACUAAUACACCACGCCUCCAAACACCCUGCACUCUCAUCACCAUGACGGCUUCGACGACCUUCAAAGCAGCAGUGCUGGUUAACAGCAUAUCAGCGCUUGACGACGCCUUCAGCGCUGCCUUUCAAGAACGCAUCAGCUGCGCCUGCCCUAGCGCGCAAGUCGACUUCUUUGAUCCAAUAGAAGCCCAGAUAUACCCCGAGCCAGCUCAAUAUGACUUGAUCGUUCUGAGCGGCGGCAGCGCAGACGCCACGGCGAAGGAUGUUCCUUGGGUGCUGAACAUGCAAGAAUUCUUGAGAACAACAGUGGCCAAGUAUCCAACACAGAAGAUUGUUGGCAUUUGUUGGGGCCAUCAGGUAAUUCAGGUCACUUUUGGAGGCGUGGUUGGUCCUAUGGAUAAUUUUGAGGUAUGAAGGC